CUGUUCCUGCAGAAAUACGGCUACCUCAGCGAGCAGGGACCCGGCGCACACAGCCCCGUCGAGUUCACGGAGGCGGUGAGGGACUUCCAGUGGGUGACCCACCUCCCGCUCAGCGGGGUCCUGGACGCCCCCACGCUCCAUCAGAUGGCUCUGCCGCGGUGUGGCACGGGUGACAGGGACAGCCGGACACACUGGGCCUCUGCCGCCCGCCGCAGGCGCAUGGCGCAGCACGUGACGUACCGGGUGGUGAACUGGCCCCCGUACCUGCCGCAGCACGAGGUGCGCCUGGCCGUCAGGGCCGCCUUCCAGCUCUGGAGCAACGUGUCCGCGCUGGUGUUUUGGGAGGCACAGGACGGCCCGGCCGACAUCCGCCUGACCUUCUUCCACGGGGACCACAACGACGGGCUCAACAACGCCUUCGAUGGACCAGGAGGAGCCCUGGCUCACGCCUUCUUCCCCCGGCGCGGGGAAGCCCAUUUCGACAGCGCCGAGCGCUGGUCCCUGCGCAGCGGCAAAGGGCGCAACCUCUUCGUGGUGGUGGCGCACGAGGUCGGGCACACGCUGGGGCUGGAGCACUCCCCCGUCAGGAGCGCCCUGAUGUCUCCCUACUACAAGAAGCUCGGCAAGGACUUUGUCCUCAGCUGGGAUGACAUCUUGGCCGUCCAGAACUUGUACGGGAAGCCCCCCAAGGGCUCGGCCGUGCAGCUCCCUGGAAAGGUCUUCACUCACUUCCAGGACCUUCAUGAUGCGGAUCACAACCUCUACAUCUUCAAGGGCAGCCACUUCUGGGUGGUGGCAGCCAGCGGCAAUGCCAGUGACCCCGGCAAGUUUUACUUCUUCAAAGGUGGCCGCUGCUGGUGCUACGCAGGCUCCACCUUGGAGGCAGGCUUCCCCCAAAAAUGCAGCGCCCGCGGGCUCCCGCGGCACACCCUGCGCGUGGAGCCCUAUUACCCCCGCAGCCUGCAGGACUGGGGGGGGCUGCCCCCUGGCACGGCGGGCGCCCUCUCCCACCGUGAUGGCUUCCUCUACUUCUUUCGGGAUGACCACUACUGGCAAUUCGACCAGGCCAAGCUGAGAGUGGUGGCCACCGGCAAAUGGGCCACCCAACUGCCCUGGGUGGGCUGCUGGGACGCAAACAGCGGGCAAGUCCUUUUCUGA